GAAAAGCUCGUACACCACUAGAACCGAUCGGGCUUUUGUAAAGAAAGGCAGUGCCAUUUUUAGCUCUGAAGAGCGCAACAUGUGAGCCGGUGUUUUACGCUCUUCAAUGUUUCGUUAUUAGAAAUUGGAUUUUUAAAAGUUGUUUUGAAAUCGCAUAAAAGAUGUUGUGGGUGCUUUUGUUUGCUGGAUUUGCGGUGGUACAGCUCACUAAUGGAUCUACUUGUGAGCAAAUGACAUCGGUUGCUGCCAUGGAAGAUGGCAGCACUAUGGUUGAAACUAAUUUGAAAAUGCUGGCGGGAACCUGGAUAUCUGAGGGAUGUGAAACACGUCCAGGUCCAGAAUACGUCCUUCGCUACUACAACUUCGAGGAAGAUGGGCGCUACUUCUUAACCCAGCAUCACUACUGGGACGAUUCCUGUUCAUCUUCGCAGCUUUCUGUACAUUCCCAUGGGAAAAUACAGUUAAGGAACUCUCUUGUUCAACCGGGAGCGGCUUCUGGAACAAUCAAGGUGACCAAUAUAACUGUGGUGCCACAGGACGAAAAUGCAGCGAGGGAACUGGAUCGGACUGUAUCUGUGGAAUGUCCAGGUCAAACCUGGAAAUUGUGGAGAAAAUACGAAGAACAUACCGUCUACGACUCAAAAUUUGACGAAAAGAAAAAAUCAUUCAAACUAUGGUUCAAUGGACACAAAACCGGCGGCCAUUCAGUAAACAGCCAAGGAAAUGUUCACUUCAGUGAUAUAUCUUGCCUGGGAUCUUUAAAAUGGGCUUUUAAUGAACUCAAACUGGUUAAGAUACAGUUACGACCGAUUAUGGAACAUAUGAGGAAAAUACCUAGAGAAGUUAAAAUUGAACUUCUAUUAGGGGACAUCCACACGAAUUACCGCCUACGUGAAUACUACAAUCCCACAAGCUUCCAAGUUUCUUUAGUCAAACAAGUUAAAGAAUCGACCCAAAUCUACUUAGAUCAUCGCACAUAUUCGGUAAAGAACACUUUGGCAAUACCUCCAAACAUUUUUACAAACUCCAAAACGCCUCCUCAUCUAAUCGAGAAGCCUCACUUGCCUCCAUACAUUUGGGGCCAAUGGAUUUCUACCAGAUGCGAAGCGAGACCAGGAGGGGGGCUUUACUUAACCAGGAAAUUUACCUUUUUCUCUGAAGAUGAAACUUGGGUUGGCGAGCACAAUUUCUUCUCUGAUCCUUUUUGUAAAAUUCCCAAGUUUAUUGCCACAGCUGCUGGUCGCUUUAGAUUAUCAGGCAAUAACAAGGAACUUAAGGGCACCACCAACAUAGAUUUUCAAAUUCGUAGAGCGAAUUUAACAGUUCUGGAUCAAAAAAUGAUCUAUGACAUGCGUUUAAGUGGUCACUGUGGAGAUGGUGAUUGGCAAGUUAAUGUUCCAAAAGACCUUUCAGUUACAGGAGGGUGUAUCCAACUGGGGAUUUUUCUUCCUUCUAUUCAUUAUGAUGUCGUCAAAAUCGAAAUGGAUUACAGAGGAGCCUGUUUGUUAUUUUUAGGACAAGUGGACACUGACAAUGUGAACUUAAAUGCGGAAAAUAGGCCUUCGGCUUUUCAGUUACCGCUUGUGAAAUGUGGGGAAGUACCGGCUUAUUCUCAGGAGUUAAAGGAUAUUUUAAGUGAUUGGGUUUAUGGGUAUAGCAGUGCAAGUAGGGUUAUGGCUAGGCAUUUGAUUAUUGGAAUAAUUUUAAUUUUGAUGAACUUCAGAUAAGAAAAUAAUAAGUUAUUAACUACAAUAACGCUGUGAUGUUUUAACUAAAUUAGGAAAUAAGUAAUUUAAAAUUUGUUUAAAAUGUAAUGUAUUAUUAUCAUGUAUAAUUUCUAUUUAAUAACUAUAUUAUUCUGUAUAAUUUUCAUAAAUGUUUAACAUUAUAAAUGUUGUACA